GUAACAUCCAUCACUUGCGCCCCGUACUGCCCCGUAGUGCGCUUUCGUUGGCAGAAAAUUUGCAACCUUUCUGCUGUCGGAAAAAUCGCACUUUCCUGCCCACAUUUUGGUUCCAGUUUGUAGUUUAGUAAUGCAAAUCUUCUAAUUCCUCAGCCGCCAGCCCUCCGAACGCGAAAAUGUCCGAAACGAAGGAAAUGCAAACCGAGGAGCGCGAGGCGCUGGUUUCCAUCUACGAGGGCGACACUUUCUUCAAACAAAUCAACGCCGAAACUUAUCAAUAUAAGUACGGCGAGGAAGAUGGCAACAAAUCGUUCCUGUUGGAAAUAAUCUGGCACGAGACGUACCCGAACGAACUUCCCACCAUCAACAUGGACACGUUCUACAAUCGUAAUAUGUCCCGCACGGUCAAAGACAAGAUCACCUCGAUCCUGAAGGAGGAGGGCGAGCAGUGGCUGGGCUGCGGAAUGACGUACACCCUGUUUGAGUGCCUUAAGGACAAAGUGGAGGAGCUGCUGGUGGACGAGAACUGCAACAGUGGCGCCGACCAGGUCAUCGGAACGAACGACCAGGGCGAGACGGAAGCUGGGGCGAGGCAAGACGACGGCAGCUCAGACGAGGACGAACGGGGGAACAAAGCGGGUGGGGGUGGCGCCGGCGGAGGAGGCCAAAAGAAGGAACAUCUCACGAAGGCACAAAAGCGACGACAGUGGGACCGGGUGGACAACAAGGGCAACCGGCCCAGGGGUUGGGACUGGGUGGACAUUGUCAAGCAUCUGUCGCAGACGGGCGGAAAGCCGGAGUGAGACCUUUUUUGGGGGGAUCUGCACGUGAGAAAAUAAACAUCUGGACCGCAUAAGGAAA